CUCCACCGCACGCCACGCGCGCGCGCCAAAAGGCGAAAAGAAAGAAAAACCAGCGACGGCGCUGCCCCGCAACCCACCAAUCGCCUCUCCAUCCCUCCCUCCUCUUAUCUCCUCCUCGCCACCAGGCCCACCACCGCCGCCUCUGCUCUGAGAUGGCGCUGCAGGUGCAGGCCCCGUCGUCUCUCCUGCGCGCGCCGGCGCCGGCGCCGCUCCGGUCCUCGUUCUCCUCAGCGCCGUGCUCGCUGCGGCUGCCGGCGCCGGCGCGCCGGCGGGUGGCAAGGGCGGCCGCGGCCGCGCGGAUCACCAUGCGGGUCGCGUCCAAGCAGGCCUACAUCUGCCGUGACUGCGGGUACAUCUACAACGACAGGACGCCGUUCGACAAGCUGGCUGACAACUACUUCUGCCCUGUUUGUGGGGCUCCAAAGAGAAGGUUCAGACCCUACGAGCCGGCAGUCGCCAAGAACGCAAACUCCAUCGAUGUUAGGAAGGCAAGGAAGGAGCAGCUGAAGAAAGAGGAAUCCAUGGGGCAAGUCUUGCCUAUUGCUAUUGUUGUCGGGGUCAUUGCAUUGGCUGGCCUGUACUUCUACCUCAACAAUGUCUACAGCUAAACGAAGAAUCGUGCAUGAGACCCAUUUGGUGCCGGGAACAGAGGAUUCGUUCCAUUUUGCAGUUCUUUUUCCUUUACCACUGCAAAUGUGUUGUCUUGCUAUUGCUACAUAUAUAUACUACUAGGUCUCGAAGACUGUAUAAAAGUCGUUGUUAAUCUUGAAAUAUCACACAUUACUUAACUAGCAGCUAAUUUGAAGUGUUUUAAUUAUCU